CAAGCCGGUCAGCUGACUUCUUGGGACUGCGGCGUCAUCCAGGCUAUAAGCGCGCGACCUCUGACAUUAAGCUUCGCUCCCGCCGGGCCACCGCAACCAUGCAGACCCCCGGCAUCUUGCUGCUCGCCCUCGGCCUCCUGGCCGCAUCCACCUCCGCGGUUAUCAGAAUCCCCCUGCACAAGUUCACGUCCAUCCGUCGGACCAUGACAGAGAUGGGCGGUUCUGUGGAAGACCUGAUCCUGAAGGGUCCCAUAACCAAGUACUCCAUGCAACCGUCUACUGAGACCAAGGGGCCAGUGUCAGAGAUACUCAAAAACUACCUGGAUGCCCAGUACUUCGGUGACAUCGGCAUUGGGACCCCUCCACAGUGUUUCACAGUCGUCUUUGAUACUGGCUCCUCUAACCUGUGGGUCCCCUCGAUUCAUUGCAAGCUGCUGGAUUUAGCCUGCUGGAUUCACCACAAGUACAAUAGUGGCAAGUCCAGCACCUACGUGAAGAACGGCACAGCCUUCGACAUCCACUACGGCUCAGGCAGUCUCUCGGGGUACCUGAGCCAGGACACCGUGUCGGUGCCAUGUAAGACCGAGAAGACAAGCCUUGGUAUCAAGGUGGAGAAACAGAUCUUUGGGGAAGCCACCAAGCAGCCUGGAAUCACGUUCAUCGCAGCCAAGUUUGAUGGCAUCUUGGGCAUGGCCUACCCUCGUAUUUCUGUCAACAAUGUGCUUCCAGUCUUUGACAACCUGAUGCAACAGAAGCUGGUGGAAAAGAACAUUUUCUCCUUCUACCUGAACAGGGACCCCAGCGGACAACCCGGAGGGGAGCUGAUGCUCGGUGGCAUUGACUCCAAGUUCUACAAGGGGGAGCUGUCCUUCAUGAAUGUCACUCGCAAGGCCUACUGGCAGGUGCACAUGGAUCAGUUGGAGGUGGGCAGCGGCCUGACCCUAUGCAAGGGAGGCUGUGAGGCUAUUGUGGACACGGGGACGUCCCUUGUGGUGGGGCCUGUGGAUGAGGUGAAGGAGCUACAGAAGGCCAUUGGAGCAGUGCCUCUAAUCCAGGGCGAGUAUAUGAUCCCUUGUGAGAAGGUAUCCAGUCUGCCUACCAUCACCCUGAAGCUAGGAGGCAAAAACUAUGAUCUGCCCCCAGACAAGUAUAUACUCAAGGUGUCUCAAGGUGGAAAGACAAUCUGCCUGAGUGGCUUCAUGGGGAUGGACAUACCCCCUCCCAGUGGGCCGCUCUGGAUCCUGGGCGAUGUCUUCAUUGGCUGCUACUACACUGUGUUUGACAGAGACAACAACAGGGUUGGCUUUGCCAAAGCUGCCACUCUCUAAGUUGCUCCUUGCCCGUCAUUGGGGAAAUGGAUCAGAGUCCAGUAGAGGAAGCCAGCCAGCCCCAUCCCUCCACCUGCCCCACUCACACACAUUCACACUCACCUAGCAUUGCUGGGCCCUUGGGAGGCCUGGCUUGAGCUGGUCCAGCUGUUCUGUUCUGUGGUUCCUAUCCCUGGGUUCAGAUUGCCGCCCUCUGCCUGUCUGAAGGAGGCCAAGGCCCACCCAGUACAUAAGGCUGCCGUGAAAGGCUCCUAUUGGUUUGGUAGCUGCUGAGAUUGCUUGUCUUAUCCUGCUGCCCUUUGCUGCGUGGGCGGCACUCCAGAGCAGGCCAGUUGGUCUUGGGAUCCCUCCAAGAACCAGCCCUGACCCAAGUCCCUCACUCAGCCUGGGGAUGGCACCAAGCUUCACUGCCAUACUAUCUCUGACCUGGUAGAGACCUGAAGACUAGCAGGAAGGAGCAAGAGGACAGAAGCUAAACUAUGAACCUGAGGGUUUACCUGGGGCCUGACCCCACCUACCUGGGAAGGAAUGCCUCAGCCUGGGGCAGAGGCAGGAUGGCUGACUGGUUUUAGCUGGCCUCUGCUGCCCUCAUUCUGGGCUAGGUGGCUGGGAGCCAAAGUUGGUAUACAAAUACAGUUGUUUUGGGCCUCUU